CAUACAGCUGCACACAUGUUAUUUUCAUUUCAGAUUCAGAGAUUAUUUAUAGUUAUUUAUUAUUAAUAAUUAAUGCUCGUAAUAUGUACGCAAUAUAUAUAGUGAUUUAAAGUCUGUUCUAUAAAGUAAAUGUAAAAUGGACUUCAUAAUAGAUACUGCUGGUGAUUCAGAGUUGCAUUCUAAAGAAGAAUUACUCUUCGAGAACGAAAAACUUUUUGUAGAUAAAAAUGAGAAAAUUCAUAAAAUUCUAGAGUUGUUUGAUAAAAAGAAACGUGAAUUAGAUGAACAGGUAUCUUCGGAGGAAGCUAUACAAGAAAAGUUAAAAAAUUUGAAAAUAGAUAAACUGUAUGAUGACUUCUUCAGCGAUAUGCAGUGGACAAACUCUUUACUCAGUGUUAAGAAAAAGCCUAUAUUAUUUCAAUUUGAUCAGCUAGAUAAAGAAACAGGAAAGUUAAAGUCUAACAUUGGUAGUGUUAAUAUUGAAAAAGAAAUGGAGAAAUCAGUACUGAAACCAGGCAUUGAAAAGGAACAUGCAUUGCCGAAGUACAAUGUUAGUGAAAAGAAGUUACGAAAAUUAAGAAAGGCUGAAAGGAAGAAGGACAAAGGUCCAAAUUGGUUUAACAUGAAAGCACCUCAAAUGACUCCCGAGUUAAGAAAUGACCUUAAAUUAUUAAAAAUGAGAUCUGCACUUGACCCCAAGCAUUUCUACAAAAAGAAUGACAUGGAAGUGUUACCAAAAUACUUUCAGGUGGGUCGUAUUAUGGAUUCUGCUCUUGAUCAUACAAACGAAAGACUAACCAGGAAGCAAAGGAAACGAACAAUGGUUGAUGAACUUUUAGCUGAUGCGGAACUUCAGAAGUAUAACAAGAAAAAAUACAAAGAAAUAAUAGAUGAAAAUAGGAAAACACAGUACAAAACAUUCAUGAAGGAUAAGCGCAAGGCAAACAAAGCUGCUUUGAAGAUGAAUAGAGCAACAGAACAGAAACAAAAGAAAACUAAAAAACAAAAAUAAAAAUAAAAGUUUUCCUUUAUUUAA